CUUGGUAUCAGUUGUUGUUCUGUAUCGGGGAAACAAGCAGACUACAGUACAUUAUCUCUGUUAAAAUCUGUCAUUGUUAUGAUUCAACUUUUAUUUGUAAUUCUUAUAAUUCGUUAAAUGACUUGCAGAGUGUCUUUGGCAUUUGAAGAGCUGUAAGAAGAGAAAAAGGUGUUUCAGUUCAUCCAGAAUCAACAAGAAAUAAAGAACAAUGUCUGUCUCCAAUGUGUGUUCAAACACUAAGAGUGCUCAUCCUAGUGCAGACAAACAGGGCACCUUAGGCAACCCAAUGAAGUUUAAAGGUCAGGAUUUUGAAUUGCUGCGCAACCUGUGUCUGAGCAGUGGGUACAGGUUCCAGGAUGGUGUAUUCCCAUCAAACAUGGACUCCAUUGGCCCAGACUUACUUACAGCAGAAGAGUUGAGCAGAGUACAGUGGUUGAGACCAGGGAGCCACCAUGAAAAUCCACAUUUAGUAGUGGAUGGAGUCAGCAGAUUCGACAUUCACCAAGGGAAAGUGGGUAACUGUUGGUUCCUGGCUGCACUGGGUUCGCUGACAUUUCAGCCUCGCAUAAUGAACAAUGUUAUACCAAGUGACCAAGGCUUCAAGCAGAAGUAUGUUGGUAUUUUUCAUUUUAGGUUUUGGCGGUUUGGAAAGUGGAUGGAUGUAGUUAUAGAUGACAAGCUGCCAACCAUAGAUGGGAGAUAUUUGUUUGUGGGCCCAGCAAACGGAAAUGAAUUCUGGCCAGCCUUGCUAGAAAAAGCCUAUGCCAAGGUGUGUGGCUCCUAUUCAGAUUUGCAUUCUGGCUUGAUAUCUGAAGCAUUAGUGGACUUCACAGGAGGGGUGCAUAUUAGCUUCAAUCUGACUGAACCCCGAGAGGACUUGUGGGAGAUAAUGCAAAGAGCUGAAGCUCAUGAAUCCCUAAUGGGAAGCGGAAGCCAUUCAGAACCACGGGUAAAGCCAGUAAACAUAGUGUUAAAAAAUGGAUUAGUGCAAGCACAUGCAUAUGCAGUUACCGGCGUUAAUAUGGUGCACUGCGGUAAGAAAAAUGUAAAGUUAGUUCGUUUGUGGAAUCCAUGGGGCAAUACUGAGUGGAAUGGCAGCUGGAGUGAUAAAUCACCAGAAUGGAACAAUGUGGAUCCAGAAACAAGAAAAUUGUUGUUGAGAGACUGUAACAAUGGAGAAUUCUGGAUGGCCAUGGAGGACUUUACAGCAAACUUCACACAUAUAGAUAUUUGCAAUGUAUAUCCUAAUUUUCUGGAUUCAUGGAGUGACUGCACCUGGGCCGUGUCAGAACACAAUGGCAGUUGGAUUAAAGGAACCUCAGCUGGUGGCUCCUUGAAUGAAGACACAUUUUGGAAGAAUCCUCAAUACCGUGUGAGUUUGAAAGGUGCUCAUUUGGACUGCAGUUCUUCAACAUCCUGCAAUUUUGUGGUGUACCUAAUGCAAAAGCUUGCAAACAAACACAGGAAGCAGUCUCUUCGACUGCAUAUAGAGUUAUACAUUUUUAAGGUGCCUCCUUCACACUGUGACCAGAAAGAAAAGUUCUCUGCUGAGUUCUUCAGUAGUCACCAGCCCAUCCCUAGCAAUAAUGUAGGAAGCCUUGGAGUGAUUGAGUUCUUUCGGCUGGAGCCUGGGGAGUAUCUAAUUGUGCCAUCUUCUUACAACAAAGACCAGGAAUGUGACUUUUUCCUAUCCAUUUACUGCAAGAGCAGCCAUAAAGAAAAAAUGGAUUCCGAUCUUAAUUUACAAUUGUCUCAGCUAAGUGUUUCACAUGUGAACUCUCACAAGAAGGUUUUUGCCAAAUAUUCAAGUGAGGGUCAAGAAAUCAAUGCUAAAGAUUUGCAAAGACUCCUUAACGACAGUCUGAAGGGAAAUAUCUCUAAAACAGGGGGAUUCAGCUUCGAUGCUUGCAAAGGAAUUCUAGCUGUCAUGGAUCUCAAUGCCAAUGGAAAAUUGAAUACUGGUGAAUUUGAAGAAUUGUGGAAAAAGAUUACUGACUACCAGGAGAUCUUCCACCAGUGUGAUGAGAACAGUUCUGGAUUCCUCAAUUUACAUGAGAUGAAGAAUGCAAUUCUGGCAAGCGGUAUUAAACUAAGUGACCAUCUUUUGGAUAUCGUGAUUCAGAGACACACAGACCCGUCAGGCAAAAUUAAUUUGGAGAGCUUCCUGUGUCUAAUGCUCCGCCUACGGUGUAUGACUAAACGAUUUAGACAAAGGUCACAUGAUGGAGUAAGCAUUUAUCUUCAGGAGGAAGAGUGGAUGUUUUACACCAUGUAUUCAUGAAGACACUGAAAUGAUACUGCUGCGUUUAAUAGGACUGGACCAAAAUAUGUAAUUGGUUAGACUGCCACCUUUAAACAUUUGAACGCCUCUGUUUAGUUUACUACCAAUAAACGUUUAUAAAAUUAAUAAACUGUAAACUAACAGCUGACAGGUCAGUAUCACUUAUUGUCAAAUAAAUAUACAGAGGUUGGAUGUGGAAUGUAAAAUUACCUUGCUGUAUAUCAUGAUGCAGUGUCAACAUUUUAAAAUAAUCACAUUUUCUUCUCCUUUUGGAAAAGGAGACGGUAUAGGGAAAUGGUAGGUGAAUUUCAAUUAAGAGGAAUUGUUUCAAGUAACAAUAUAUAACCAACCUCUAAUACUAUCGCUUAUAUUUUUUGAAAGGUAAAUCUAAAGCAGUUUUAUUGCCAAAAUAAUGAUUUGUAUUCUUAGCUUAACAUCUUGCUUCAUAUUAAUUAGCCAUGAUGUUUUCUGAAUGCUCUGUCCUCCAACAUAGAAGCACAUGUGAGCAAAUAACUGUUCCUUAUGUAUCUGAUUAAUUUGUCUACCUUAAUAAAAAAAAAGUGUUUGA